GACCCAUGUAAGAAGCAGAAUGGCUUUCCUCUGGCUCCUGCCCUGCCUCGCCUUCCUGGGCGCUGCCCAUGGUUGCGGCCUCCCUGCCAUCCAGCCUGUCAUCAGCGGCUAUGCACGAAUCGUGAAUGGCGAGACGGCGGUUCCUGGAUCCUGGCCCUGGCAGGUCUCCCUGCAGCACAACACCAGCUUCCAUUUCUGCGGCGGCUCCCUGAUUAGCAAGAACUGGGUGGUCACGGCUGCCCACUGCGGAGUCAGCACCAGUGACCGUGUGGUUCUGGGGGAAUUUGACCAAGGCUCUCCGGCCGAGGAUGUACAAGUCCUGCAGAUCGCCCAGGUUUUCAAGAACCCCAGUUUCAGCAUGUUAACUGUGAAGAAUGACAUCACCCUGCUGAAGCUGGCCUCCCCAGCCAAGCUGACAGCCCGCGUGUCCCCCGUGUGCCUGCCCAAAGCCACCGAUGACUUCCCCGGAGGCCUGACCUGUGUGACCACGGGCUGGGGCCUGACUGAUCCCAAGGCUCAGAACACCCCAGACAAGCUGCAGCAGGUGGCCCUGCCCCUGCUGACCAACACGCAGUGCAAGACCUACUGGGGCUUCAGGAUCGCGGACGUCAUGAUCUGCGCGGGCGCUGCUGGAGCCUCCUCCUGCAUGGGCGACUCCGGCGGCCCCCUGGUGUGCCAGCAGGACGGCGCCUGGACCCUGGUGGGGAUCGUCUCCUGGGGAAGCAGCACCUGCUCCCCCUCCAAGCCCGGCGUUUACGCCCGCGUCACCAAGCUCAGGGCCUGGAUCGACCAGAUCAUCGCCGCCAAUUAA